GGGGAAUGUCGAUAUUUCGAGAAGAAAAGAAGUCUCCAUUGACGAUUGACAGUGCUGGUGCUUGUUAAGCGUGUCUUCCUGCCUUGGCCCGGUUGCCACGAGUUCUGAUAUCAUCCCUGAGUGCAGUACUCCGGAGUACUAGCUCCUAGUUGUCCUCACAUACCUCUGGUACGGAUACUUAACCAGGAAUCGUGGUCGUCCUUCCCUCCUUCUCCUCCCUUCAUCUUCUUCCGAAAUCCGUCAAACCGAGGUAUUCACUUUCAUAUAUAACCCUCCGACUUCUCCCAGCUCCUUCUUCAUUUCACCUACUUCUCAACUAUACUCACGUCUUCUCCCAUUUGUCCUUACUCCAUCUCUCUUAUCACCCACAAUGGCGAACAACGGCGACGCUCCUCCUGUCGGCCAGGAGAACAUCAACACCGACAUCGUCACCCUCACCAGAUUCUUUACUGAACAACAAGUCAAGGCCCCAGAGGCCACUGGUGACUUCACUCUCCUCUGCCACGCCCUUCAGUUCGCCUUCAAGUCCAUUGCCUACUACAUCCGUCGUGCCUCUUUGAUCAACCUCACUGGACUGGCUGGGUCCUCGAACACCACCGGUGAUGACCAGAAGAAGCUGGAUGUGAUUGGAAAUGAUAUCUUCGUCUCUGCAAUGAGGAGCUCUGGCAAGUGCCGCAUUCUCAUCUCGGAGGAAGAGGAGCAAGAGAUCAUUUUCGACGAACACCCCAACGCCCGCUACGCCGUUGUCUGUGACCCCAUCGACGGUUCUUCCAACCUUGACGCUGGCGUUUCGGUUGGCACAAUCUUCGGUAUCUACAAGCUGCCAGACGAGGUCCUCGGUCCGAACAAGAAGGUUACCGCCAAGGAAAUCCUUCGUCCUGGAACGGAGAUGAUCUCGGCUGGAUUCACCAUGUAUGGUGCAUCUGCUCAGCUGGUGAUCACCAUGCGUGACGGUGAUGUCAAUGGCUUCACUAUGGAAAACUCUCUGGGAGAGUUUAUCUUAACCCACCCCAGCAUGAAGAUGCCUCCCAAGAAGAGUAUCUACUCGGUCAACGAAGGUAACAGCAUGUAUUGGGCUCCUUGGGUGAACGAAUACUUCCACUCCCUCAAGUUCCCCGGAGAGGGCAAGAAGCCAUACAGCGCUCGUUACAUUGGUAGCAUGGUCGCCGAUGCAUACCGUACCCUUCUCUACGGUGGCCUCUUCGCCUACCCCGCCGACUCCAAGAGUACUAAGGGCAAGCUCCGUAUCUUAUACGAGUGUGCCCCCAUGGCUAUGUUGUUCGAGAACGCAGGCGGUUUGGCCGUCAACUCCAAGGCAGAACGUCUUCUUGAAGCCGUGCCCGAGCACAUCCACGACCGCAGCGGUGUCUACCUGGGCUCGAAAGACGAGGUCCAGAAGGUCAUCGACAUGUACAAGAAGCACCACGGUUAAAAUAAUUGCAUACUAAUAAUCCUGUGUCCUGUUCAAAACGGUUUUCUCAUUUCCUUUGCGCGUCUCGGUGUCUGGACUGUUCGGAUGGAGUUCUGCGGUUUCACCAACGAAGUGAACGAUUCUACCUGUAUUAAAUAGUACUACCAAUACAUGAACUACAGCCAA